ACUGCGCUAAAGAGGUGCGAGCAGGACGCAUCGUGACGCAACACAAACCACGAGACCAAAACAGGAAGUGAUUUACAUUUGAAAACCCGAAGUGCAGAAUGUAAUAAACGACAAUAAACUGCCAUUUCAUUUAAACAACAACAGUUUAUAUAAGAGCUGCGUUUAAAUAAGUGCGAAUGGAUCGCAAAUGGACUGUAUAAACCUCUCAAAUUAAAUCUAUCUAAACAGGCAGAUGAAUCUAUAAAGCAUCAUUCCUUAUGUAGUGUGUGUUGACCAUCCGUUUGUUUGAAUUUGCAUCUGCAAUUGCAAAUGACGUGCUUGUUUAUGAAACAUAUGCAUGCACGUGAGCUGAAUGCGCGGAACAUUUCCAUAUAUAGGCUUCGGCACCGAGCACUUCUGAACGACAGCCGCGGAUCCCAGCACGGCAGACAUGACAUCCCCCGAGCAGAUCAUCGAGAUCGUGAUGGAUGACAAGACGUACAAUGUGAGUAAAAGCAAGCUGAUCGAGAAGAGCGAUUACUUCCGCGCGCUCUACAGCUCCGGGAUGCGCGAGUCCGCGGAGGAGUCGGUGCAGCUGCGGGGACUGAGCGCGCCGGGGCUGGAGCUCGUGCUGGAGUUCAUCAACACCUCCCAAGUUCAGGUGGCAAACGAGACUCUGGAGGACCUGAUUGAGACCGCGUCCUUCCUGCAGGUCACUUCCAUUUUAAAGCUGCUGCUGUCGGAAAUCAAGCAGGAGAACUGCGUCGAGCUUUUCAAGCUCUCUGAUAUCUACGGGAUGCACGAUCUCAGAAAAGCUUGUUUGAAAUUCAUGAGCUGCUAUUAUCACCCCAUGCUGCGCAGGCCGGAGUUCAGGAUGCUGCCAGCUCCCCUGCGGGAUCAGAUCCGAGAUAUGCGCAUGAAAGGCACGGCCACUUUAGUUGCAAUAGGAGAUUUCACUGACACCUGUCUGGACCUGGCAAAUCAAGACGAGCCUUGGUCUAUGUUGAGGUAUAACGAGCUAGAACAACGCUGGAAACCUCUAGCCAACAAUCUUCCCCAGGACAUGAUCAAUGUCCGAGGAUAUGGAUCCGCUGUGCUGGACAACUACUUGUUCAUUGUUGGUGGAUACAGAAUGACAAGCCAAGAGAUCUCUGUGGGCCACUGCUACAACCCCUGCAAGAACGAGUGGAACCAUGUGGCACCUUUGAACCAGAAGAGGUACGAUUCACUCACGAUCUGUCCAAUUGUUGUGGUUUGUAAAGUGCAUGUAAGCGCUCUUUCUGUGUCCAGAUCCAACUUCAAGCUCCUGGCCGUGAGUGGGAAGCUGUAUGCGGUCGGAGGACACUGUCUGAGUACGGUGGAGUGUUAUAGUCCCGAGCAGGACUGGUGGACGUGUGUGGCGUCUCUGCCUGAUCCUCUCGCUGAGUUCUCUGCCUAUAGGAACACCAAUGUACUGCGUUACUGCCCCGCCUCAGACUCGUGGUCCGUGUUCCGUUCCUGUUCAGCUCAUGUGCGCAAGCAGCAGAUGCUCUCAGUGGAGGACACCAUCUACCUGGUGGGAGGCUACACACACGAGCUAGAACCUGCAGAACUGGGCCGGCGGAGACUCAGCCAGACGGAGGACAUGCUGACGGUACAGUCCUACAACGUGCAGACGGGAGAAUGGUUGCAACUUAAGGAAAACACGUCAAAGUCUGGCUUAAACCUCACCUGCACGCUACACAACGACGGCAUCUACAUUAUGAGCAGAGAUGUCAGUCUGCCCACCAGCCUGGAGCACCGCGUCUUCCUCAAGUACAACAUUUUCUCAGAUGCCUGGGAGGCUUUCAGACGUUUUCCUGCUCUGGGACAGAACAUGCUGCUUUGCUCUCUCUAUCUACCCAAUGUCCUAUGAGCCACACUGUUCAAGCUCUGGGCGUCUGGAGAAGACUGUAGACUGCUGGGGAACACCGAUUUCUUGCUAGAGGUUUACCAAAAUGCUUUACCAGAUCGGAUUGAUCAACCAACACAAAGAACCUGCAGGGGACAUUAAAGGAAUAAUACAGCCAAAAAAUUCCAAUUUUGGUCAUUAUUUACUCCCCUUCAUCUGUUUGACUUUAAGAGAGAGUUUACAUUUUUAUUUGUAUUUUUUCAUGGAAGGAAAAAGGUUUGAAACAACACGUAGGUGAGAAAAUGAUAAAUGAUGACAGAUUUAUUUUGGUGAAAUAGUCAUUUAAAUUCUAAAUAAAGGACAAAAGUUUCACUUUGAUUCUGAAAAAAAAAUCAGAAGUCAUGAAAGUUUGUUUAAAAUUCACGCACCCUCAGGCCAUUCAAAGAUAAAGAUGAGUUUAUUUCUUUAUCGGAACGGAUUCAGAGCAAUGUAUUCAGCAUUGCAUCUCUUGCUCACCAGUGGAUCCUCUGCAGUGAAUGGGUGCCGUCAGAAUGAGAGUCCAAACAGCUGAUAAAAACAUCUCAAGAAUCCACACGCCUCCAGUCCAUCAAUUAACAUCUUGUGACGCUAAAAAGAUUUGUGUUUGUAAUAAACAAAUCCACCAUUAAGGAAUUUUAACUUUAAAAUACAAGUCCAUAAUCCAGAUGACUUCCUCCAGUGAAACAAUUCAUACCCUCUUGCCCUCUCACAACACAUUUGUUUAGAACUGUUUUAGACUUGUAAACAGUGGUGGAUCAGUGCAUAUUUCUCUUCUGAUUCAGACAAGAUGGCUUUUUCACUGGAGAACGCAAUAUUAUUGAUAGACCACUCAUAUUCAUUCGUUUGUACAUAGUUAAAAACAUCUUGAUGGAUUUGUUCAUUAAAAACACAGCUUUUUUCCACUUAACAAGAUGCUGGUUGAUGGAAUGGAGUCAUUACUGGCACCCAUCCACUGCAGAGGAUCCAUUGGUGAGAAAGUGACUUAAUGCUACAUUUUUCCAAAUCUGUUCUUUUGAAGAAACAAAUUCUUUUACAUCUUGGAUGACCUGAGGGUGAGUAGAUUUUCAGCAAAUUAAUUUUUUUCUGUGAAUUACUUCUUUAAUAUCUCCAUCAGAAGUUCUGUUGAGGUAUUCAAAAGCAGUUUUAAUAUACAUGUAUCAUUUUAUUUAUCUUGGCAGAGAGAGAGAACACUACAAGAGAUGCACCAGACAUUUUCAACCUGCACAGAAUCUUCCAAUGCCAAUGCAUGAACAGUACCUUAAAGAUAUAUUCCAUGACUUACUAAUAUACAGAAGCACAAGUGAAGGCUUCAGAUUUAUAAAGCCUGCAGAUGAAAUGAAAACACUAAACUUGCACAAGCUGAUUAAACAACUUAACAUAAAGUGUAAUUAAAGACAUCAAAGAGAUAGUUCACUCGAAAAUGAAAAUUCUGUUAUCAUUUACUCACAUUAACGUCAUUCCAAAUCUGUGUGAUCAUCUAACCCUUUUUUUUGCUCCAUAAAAUUAAAGUCGAUGGGGUCUGAUGUUGUUUCAGACCACACUAACUUCCAUUAAAUGGACAAAAACUUGAAAAUAUCUUAGUUUUUCGCAGUGGAAAGAAAGCAAAAACGUGAUGUUAGUGUCACAGUGUUAGCAUUUUUGGUUGAACUGUGCCUUUAAGAUCCAAUGUGCCAGACUAAAUGGUGAUUGUUGAAAAUGUUAUAGACUAAAAGUUGUCGAUCUUUGGCUUAAUUACACUUUCAAUAGUCUUAGUUGAAUUAUUUCAUUUAAGUGUCUUAAAAUGUGCUGCACAAAUGAAGCACAAAUAUAUAAGCGCCUGACCUAACCGCUGUGAUGCAUUUUUGCAUUAGGUUGAGUGAGAUGACCUGUUCUUUUGAAAGAAAAGGAGAUUAAUUUUAUUUUAAGUGUUUAGUACUUUAUACUUAUGUUCCAUUUACUCUUGGUUUUACGUUUUGAUUAUUUUUUAUAUGUAUGUUGAGCCAAAAUGGAUGAUGGUUUUGUUGAGCAUUCCCAAGUUGCCUUGAAAAUGUAAAGGAGUAAGUUAAAGAUGUUCAGGGAGGCAAAUAAAAGGCUUUAUAUUA